GUUUCAACAAAGACGAAAACCACUUGUUAUUCUCAAAAAACCAUGAUUUGAGAUACAAAAUCUAUGUUAUUUUUAUUUUUAUUGCUUCUUGGUUGAACUGUAUUGAAGUUAAUGUGAGAAAUUUGACAAUCAGCGAAGAGUGGAUAAAGUUGGAGAGAUGAACAGGUCGCUGGCACCGAGUCAGUGUGGCAAACGUCCUCUGCUCUUGAAUAUUGAGAAUAUAAACACAUCAGCAAUCACUCAAUACAAGAGAGAAGACACGAAGACUGUGGGCGAGAAUUUUGCACCUAGGGAAAAACGAAUCAGACUUGCAGCCAAGGUAAAGCCACUGCUCAUCCCUGAGAAAAAGGCUGUCAAAUUGAGCGACAAGGAUCUGUCGACAACUCAGGAAAUUAUUUCAGAUCAUGAACGAAAAAUUCGAGAUUUAUUGAAAAAACCUUUUAAAAUUCCUAUACCCGGAUAUGAGUUGUCAGGAAGAUCACUCGGGUCAAGACUCUCUGGCCCCAGAAGGCCUUUACAUGAUCCUUACGCUGCAAAUGCACUGGUGGUGUACGAACCUCCCGAAUUAUCAGAGCACGAACGACUCAAAAUUGACGAAAGCAAGAUGCUGGUUCAUGUUGUUGUGGAUCCUCAAUUGUGCAAUAUUUUACGUCCACAUCAAAGAGAGGGGGUGAAGUUUAUGUACGAGUGUGUAACAGGAAACAGGAUUGAUGGGGCUUUUGGAUGCAUCAUGGCAGAUGAAAUGGGUCUUGGAAAGACUCUUCAAUGUAUCACGCUUCUUUGGACAUUACUUAGACAAGGGCCAGAGGCAAAACCCUUGAUCGAGAAAGCGAUAAUCGUAGCCCCAAGUUCUCUAGUUAAAAAUUGGUACAAUGAAAUAUUCAAAUGGCUAGGGAACCGUGUGAGGCCUCUGGCAAUCGAUGGUGGUAGCAAAGCUGAAAUAGACAAUAAAUUAACUGGAUUCAUGAAGACCUUUGGACGCCGCUGUGUUAACCCAAUAUUAAUCAUCAGUUAUGAAACAUUUCGCCUGCAUGCUCACGUGCUACAUCAAGACGAAGUGGGCUUGGUGCUCUGCGAUGAGGGACACAGGUUGAAGAACUCAGAGAAUCAAACAUAUCAGUCAUUGAUGGGGCUGAAGGCUAAAAGACGAGUGUUGCUCAGUGGCACACCAAUUCAGAACGAUCUCUUGGAAUAUUUUUCACUCGUUCAUUUCGUAAAUGCUGGAUUACUUGGCACUGCUCAGGAAUUCCGCAAGAAGUUUGAGAAUCCAAUUCUUCGAGGUCAAGACGCCGCAGCGUCAGACUCUGAACGUGCCCGUGCUCAGGAAUGUCUCCAAGAAUUAGUGACAGUGGUAAAUAAGUGCCUGAUCCGUCGAACAAGCGCUCUCCUAUCAAAAUACCUUCCGAUAAAGUACGAGCUGGUGGUCUGUGUCAAGAUGACUGCUCUCCAGACUACUCUAUAUAAAAACUUCAUCAAGAGUGAGGCUAUUCGGAAAUCUAUGUCAAAUCAUGAAGGGGAGAAGAAGAAAGGUGGUACAUUAUCAGCUUUGUCGGCUAUCACUCUUCUGAAAAAGCUCUGCAACCAUCCUGACCUGGUCUACGAGAAGAUCCAACAGAAUUCUGAGGGAUUCGAAGGUGCUUCCAAACUCUUACCGGCUAAUUACAGCACGAGAGAAGUCCUUCCAGAGUUAUCAGGCAAACUGAUGGUUCUGGACACUCUUUUGGCGUCAAUUAAAUCCACAACAACUGAUAAAAUCGUUCUUGUCUCCAACUACACCCAGACCCUAGACCUUUUCGAAAAACUUUGUGCUAAGAGAGCUUAUCGUUAUGUACGCCUUGAUGGCACAAUGUCAAUUAAAAAAAGGGCGAAAGUAGUGGAAAACUUUAAUAAUCCAGACAGUGGUGAUUUCAUCUUCAUGCUGAGUUCCAAAGCUGGAGGUUGUGGAUUGAAUUUAAUUGGCGCCAACCGAUUGGUGAUGUUCGACCCAGAUUGGAAUCCUGCUAAUGAUGAUCAGGCCAUGGCUCGAGUCUGGAGAGAUGGGCAAAAAAAACCCUGCUUUGUUUAUCGUUUUCUGUGCACUGGAACAAUUGAGGAAAAAAUCUUCCAGCGUCAGGCACACAAAAAGGCACUGAGCUCUACUGUUGUAGAUCAGGAGGACGAUGUUUGUAGACACUUCACUUUGACCGAUCUCAGGGAUUUGUUCAAACUGGAGGAGAAUACUGUAUCGGAUACACAUUCCAAGUUCAAAUGCAAGAGAUGUGUCAAUGGAAUGGAGAUUAAAGGACCCCCUGAAGACUCUGAUUGUAAUUCUGAUCUCUCUGAUUGGAGGCAUGCACAUGUACCUAGGCUUUUGCCUGAUAUUCCUCUGAGGCAUUGUUGGAGCAGUGGAAUUUCGUUUGCCUUUCAUCAUCGCUCUACUGAGGCUGUCAAAGAAGGGCCUCCAAAGGUAGAGCAGAUGGAGACAGAAGAGUCUACUCAGUCGUGAUAAUAAAAUAGUUUGAUGAUUUAUUCUGAGUUGAUAAGUCCAAAUAUUUGUAAUAUGUACCAACUGAUAAACGAGUAAUCUCACGGAACAAAUGUAUAUCAGGCUUCAUGCAAACGCAAAUUGUAUCAUAUAAUGGGGGGACAAUGAAAAUUCCAAGUUUAGCAUGAUGGCAUCUCAUGCAACAUCUGCCUGUCGGUACUGUCUCAUUAAGAAAAAAAAAUUGUAGGUUCUUAAUUAUUACACUGCUGCCCAAAAUGUGUCAGCAGAGGGUGUGAUAUGAUACUUGCAGCUUUUGAUUACCUGGGGUAAUUCAUUCAUAGAUUAAAAAUUUCAACUAAUUAAUUUUAAUUUUGAACGCAAAUGUACAUCACUGAUAUGCGGACAAAAUUCGAGGGGCCGACUUUCAAUGCCUGGUAAUCAUUUAUUCGUGUCGAAGAAAUAGAACAGCAAACAAAGUAUUUUUCACUUUCUAUUUUUGUACUGAAAUUGUGCAACAAAAGUAUUACAGAAGUGUUCUCGAGUGUUGAUAAGCAUUUAUGUUUUCUAGUUUAAAUUAAUGAGGAUUGUCAUUGUAUAUAACACAUGGGUCAUGAAUAAAAAAUUCAAGUUAAGUUUGUAAAUUGUAAAAA